GGCCACAGAGCACACCUCGUUCAACCUUUGCACAACAUUUCUACAUGAAAGAUAAAGUAAAAAAAAAAAAAAAGAAGUUGCUGCUGAUGUGCAGACAGACAGAAAGCUGGCAAACUCUGAAGCAAAGGGGAUUUUAACCAACAGAGCCUGAUUUGACUGCAACCAGAGGACUCUGGCUCAUAUUUCAGCUUUGCACCACCUUUCAGUUGGUACCAACAAAGGCCCGCGUCACUCAAUCUUGCCACCUAGUGGAUCUUUGAAGGUCCUACUUCCCUGUGGUCAACGGAAAUCUCGCAAACAACUACCUCCCUCAUCUGGGGAGAUGCCUGCCCUGCAACAUCUCCACAUCCCAUUUAGGUUCUACCAACGAACAUAACACAACAACGCUGGUGAGAAGAGACAGAGAGAUAAAAAAAACAUGAGGUCAAGGUUCUCUCAGAUCUCGUAGAGAGACGGGGACACAUUUAAUGGUUACAUGCAAGAGUUAAUGAUUUCAUUAAACUCAAAACACAUUUAAAGACUUGCACCAAGAAAGACAGAACAAAUAACAACAGAGCCAAAUGGAAUCAUCAGCAAAUGAGACUAUUACACCAACGGCAGCAAGAAAAGAUACUAUCAUUGGGACAUAUCCCAGUCACAACUGGGAGUUCUUUGUGGGCGUCCUGGUCACAGCCAUCUCUGUCUCCAUUCUCAUCGCCAUUCUGGCUAAAUGCCAGGUGGUCCGGCGCUACCUGGCCAGCUACAGACACACACGACUGAGAGACGCAGAUCAUGGUAGCCACUGUGAGCCAUCAGUGGAAUUUGACACACAUGUGGGCCGUGGAAUAAUCCCCCACCACAUCCCUGCGGUGAUGGUGGAGGAUGAUGACGGCUUCAUAGAAGACAACUACAUCCCGGUCAGUGAGAGAGUCCGCGCUCAGAGAGCUGCGGAGAACAUGGACCCGGACACGGAGGAGGAGCUGGAUGAGAUCGAGUUCACCAUCACUUAGGGGGAUUGUCACUACUCAUCCCCCUCUGAAAAUGUUCGGCGUAGCCGGAAAGCCCACGAGCCCCAGACUUCACUCCCAGUUCCUAUUUUUUUAAUGAAUGCUUUCUAGCAUAAAACACUUCACCAAGCGGAAACUUAGUGAGCGCUUCCUCGAAGAAAAUUACAUUUUCAUCUCAAAAAAGAAGAAGAAGGUACAAUAAUAUGGUUGCAGUAUUACGCCUAAGGGAUUAAUCAAUAAUUUUAGCACACUGGAAGCAUUUAGUUGGUUAAACUCUCAGAAAUAUCUACAGACAAAAAAUAGAAUAAAUAGAAUUAGAAAAAAUAAUAAAAAUAUAUAAUAAAAAAUGAAUUGGCAUUUUGACUUAUUUUAAGAAACAAACAUUUAAUUGUCUUUGAAAAAAUAUGGAUUCUGCAAUUUUUUUAAGUAAUUUCUACAGCAAACAUGAUCAUAUUCUGUUAUCACUACAGUUAGAAUCCCCUAGGCCUCAGAAGUCAAAACUUAAUCUGUUUCAGGACAUUUUUGACCAGUUACAUGAAAAACUCCCUCAGACGUGAACUGCUUUGGUUUUUGAAUCUGCUGAAGUGGGCUUUGACUCGACUAGAAUCCCACAUUCCUUCCAUAAGGACGUUCCUGGAGGGAUUUGUUCGUAUCCUUUUUACCCCUGGAAGGUUCAUUAUUGGCUCAACUUUACCGUUCAGACAGCUAGUCUCACAAUAUCUCCAAAAAUGUACUAAAUGUCAUAACAGGAUCAGUGACAACAUUGUGCUGGGCCUCUGAUGUAGGGAAGCAUUUCCAGACUAAAACAUCUCUGCCCACCACCGUGCUUCCCUGCUGGUAUGAAGGUCUUCUGUAAUGCUGUCCUCGUAACUGCAGGGCUUAAAUAACAAACUGACUGAUAACGACUUUUGAUAUAAUUUACACAGAAGCCACAUCCAUGUAGUUAUAGCCAAUAAGGACACAUCUGUCAAAGUCUGGUGACACUUUCAUGAGCAUUAUAAAGAAAGUGAGUUAUGACUGACCAAAUGUGAGGUGUUGCAGCCCGUCAAUUUCUCUUCAGUACAGACUUUACCAGUUCAUUGUUUAAUCCACAAAAUAGUACGAUUCUCCUCUGCCAUCAUGGCAGGAUAAUACAAAGGAGCAAGAAGUUGCUCCAUGGCUUUACUCACUAAAUUCUCAAUAUUUUUGUGUUGAAUUGAAAUCUAUAAACCAUUGCUUCUUAAAAUUAGACUUUUAAUUAAAAACUCUUUGUCCUACGAUUCUGUUGUGAAUCACAUAUAAAAAAAAGUUUAAAAUGACCCAGGGCACUGACUUAAGUUUGGUAAGACUGAUUUCCAUGCAUGUCAAUCCAUGGGUACCAUGGCCAAAGAAAUAACACAGCACAUUGGAUUUAUGCAUGAGAGGAAACGUUGCAGAGAUAAGCUAAAAGCAGCACAAACUGGUUCCUCGAGUGGCUGCUUCACACAUCGAUGGCACACAUGGUUCCUGGAAAGGAAGCACAUGGAACUAUAAAGAUCUGCUCCAGUAUUGGACUCAUAAGUGGUUAUUUGAGAAUACAUUCAAAGUAGAUGCCCAAAGACACAUCAUGCCAGUUUUGGGAGCUCUCGGCUUUCUAUGACGUUCUGCAUCCAGUACAGAGCUGCUCCAGUUUCCAAGGUGCUAAACGGUUGCGUUACACCGUGCAUGAUGCUGUACAGGUAUAAUCCAGGAUGGGUGCUCAGAUCAACGACACAGGAGCUCUCUGAUGUUCCACAUCCACGAGUCAACCGGAAAGGGGACUGAGAUUUCAGUACAAAUGCAUAGACGCUCUGGAAUAGCAAAUUAACUUAAGCUGGCUGUUUAUGGGACUAUAUCAAAAACACACCGGUCUGUUUUAUCUGUUUUUCCGUCUGGAUUGUUAUUCUAAGUGGAGCUUUGUUAAAUUUGUUUGUUAUACUUUUACUUAUUUUCUUUUAUGUUUUGUCUCACUAGUUUCUCAUUGCUCUUUUUUUUUUCUUUAUUAUGAUUUCUUGUAUUUUCAUUUUAGAGAAAUGUACAUUGGCUGUAAGUGUACUAAACAAAUGAAGCUCACGCGUUCUGUAAUUGUCCAACUCUCAGCUUUACUGAGAUUUCUGUUUUGCAAAGAAUGGCUUGUUCAUCUUUGGUCAUUUACUUGUUUAAAGAGUAUCAUAUGUCUGCUUGUUCGUAAAAAAAUACGUUGCAAAAGUGAAAAACUUUUUUUUUUGAAUGAAGGAAUGUUUUUAAAUCUGUUUCAUUUGAAACUAAAUUAAAGAUUCUAAGCCACACAGUCACAUUUAAUCUAUAAGUGAGGAGAACUUCCAGGGAAUAUUCCUUGGAAAACCAGUUUUUAAAGGAUGACAUGUAUGAUUGUUUAAAAUGUUCAUAACUGAUUCGUGCUAGAAUUAAAAGCCAUGUACAACUGUACUCUAAAUGGCAAACAAAUGAAAACAUGGUAAUUUAACCAGUCAUUAUUUUCCUUUCUUUUCUUUAUUUUUUAAGAUUUUUUUUCAAAAAACUUUUCCUCCAGAAGAAGGGAAAAACAUUUAAGCAAUUCAGCUUUAUCUUUCAUUUCCACUGUUACACCAUCAACUUAGAUGCACUGAUGUGUCUUUUUUUAUAUAAACUAUGAACAACAUUACCAUCAUAUGAGUCUGUCGUAUAAGAAAAGAUGAGUUAUUGUGACUCAGCAGUCGAUGUCAAAUGUAACCAUUUCCAGGACAACAAACAGUGAAUGUAUAUAAAUUCAGCACUUAAUCUGCUUGGCAUCCCGUCCCAACACUCACUCCCAAAACGGCCGUCAAGAUUGAAACUUCAAUAAAAAUCUGACUGAAGCAGCAUCACAGUGUGUGUUUUGUCUCCACUAUUUUUAAUAAAACUUCUCAUGAAUAUUUUCUCCUUCAACCCAACCAACAUUUGUGUGUGGGGUCCGUCGGAGAAAGCUCUGAAAAUGGGCCCCCAUAGCUUCGGGGUUCCAUGUUGGGCCCCAUGUGAGCAGCUUGCAGCGGUUGCCAGUGGAGACGGACCCACAAUGGGUGUAUUAUCUGGGUCACCUG